AUGACUUCAUCCUCAUUCCAAACCCACAUAGCCCCGACUGUUUCCAAUCCCCGCCCAAGCGCGUAUCUCCUACUAACACUACAACAAACUUGCUUACAGUUCUUCCUAGAAUCCAUCGCGGCGAGUCUUUUGGAUCCCAAUACACAUGUAAGGCACGCUGCUGUGUAUGGGAUGGGGGUGAUUGCGAAGUUUGGUGGCCCAGCAUACAUCCCCAUGAUACAAGCCAGCAUUGCACCGUUGUGUAAGGUUAUAAAUAUGCCCGAGGCUAAGAGUGCGGAUAAUGUACACUGCACGGAGAAUGCGAUAUCAGCUAUCG